GAACUAUUUUAUAAAUAUGGCGUCUGUAGGCGAAGGCGACUGUCACAAAGACCCAAACUUCGCAGUAAUUUGUUCAUUUUUUGAUAAAUUCUCAGAACCACUCGGUUUACCACACGUUACAUAUACUGAUCUACAAAGAUAUUUGGAGGAUACCUCUAACGAUGUUUCUAAAAUCCUUAUUGACAUUCAUGUGAGGCUACUGAGAAGAAUUGGAAAAACAUCUGUGACGUCUGAACGCUUUGAAAAAAGUAUUGUUAAGUUUUUACACCAUUUUUCUGAAUUUGAUGCUUGGGAAGUUGAAAGCUAUGGCUACAAGCAUGCUAAGCUUGCCACAAAGCUGAGAAUACUCAAGAAUCUUAUGGAAUGUCAGUUUGACUUCAAUCUAAAAUUUAAGGAGAAGGUAAAUGAGAGUAGUGCAGAAGAUAUGCGUUUGCUUCCUAUUGGAAGGGAUAAGGAGGGACAAGCUUACUGGUACCUCUUGGAUAAAGAGAUGAAUUUUUUGGUGUACAGAGAAGAACAGGAUGAUGAAGCAGCUGACACUUGGCAGCUUGUGUGCAGUGACAGACAAGAGCUUGCCAGACUGGUCAAUUCUCUACAAAGUGAAGCCAACAAAACAGUGAAAGAAGAAGAAGAUAAAGCCAGCACUAAUAGUUCAAGAAGUAGUAAGGAAUCCACACCUGAAAAGGUCAUCAUUAAAGAGGAGUCUGUUGAAGUCAAGCUGGAAAAGAAAAGCAAGAAAAAACUUGGAGAUCCUCUAAAACAAGAAGUCAAAUCUGAAGAUGAGCCAGAAACUGAUCAGGUUCAAAAUGUAAACAGACAUGUUGAAAGUGAAGAAAAACUAGCUGGACAAAAGGAGGGCACAGGAACAUUAGAGACCAAACCAACACAAGUCACACUCUCUCAUUCAGGUGGAGGGAAGAUGGCAGGUGAAGAGAUUCCUGAAACUUCUGAGAGCAACUCUAAAGGGAAUCAGGUGAUGAAAGUCCAGACUAGUGCUGAUAAUCUUAAGAAAACACAAGUCACCACUGAAAGCACCACCAGAAUAGAUUCUGAAAUCUCCCCUGAAAGCACAACAAGUAAGACAGAUUCUGAAGUCACCACUGGUGAGACUUUGAAAACAGAUCCUUGUAUCACCACUGAAAGCAUAACAAAUAAAACAGAUUCUGAAGUCACCACUGGUGAUACUAUCAAAACAGAUUCUGAAGUCACCACUGGUGAGACUGUGAAGGUAGAUUCUUGUAUCACCACUGAAAGCAUAACAAAUAAAACAGAUUCUUGCAUCACAACUGAUAGCACAAUCCAGAACACUAUAGAUUCUGAAAUACCCAAAACAGAUUCUGGAGUCACCACUGGUGAGACUGUGAAGGCAGAUCCUUGUGUCACCACUGAAAACAUAACAAGUAAGACAGAUUCUGUAGUCACCACUGGUGAUACUAUCAAAACAGAUUCUGAAGUCACCACUGGUGAGACUGUGAAGGUAGAUUCUUGUAUCACCACUGAAAGCAUAACAAAUAAAACAGAUUCUUUCAUCACAACUGAUAGCACAAUCCAGAACACUAUAGAUUCUGAAAUACCCAAAACAGAUUCUGGAGUCACCACUGGUGAGACUAUCAAGGCAGAUUCUUGUGUCACCACUGAUGAGACUAUCAAGGCAGAUUCUUGUGUCACCACUGGUGAGACUAUCAAGGCAGAUUCUGGAGUCACCACUGGUGAGACUAUCAAGGCAGAUUCUUGUGUCACCACUGGUGAGACUAUCAAGGCAGAUUCUGGAGUCACCACUGGUGAGACUAUCAAGGCAGAUUCUGGAGUCACCACUGGUGAGACUAUCAAGACAGAUUCUGGAGUCACCACUGGUUAUACUAUCAAGGCAGAUUCUGUAGUCACCACUGGUGAGACUAUCAAGACAGAUUCUGGAGUCACCACUGGUGAGACAAUCAAGACAGAUUCUGGAGUCACCACUGGUGAGACUAUCAAGACAGAUUCUGGAGUCACCACUGGUGAGACUAUCAAGGCAGAUUCUUGUGUCACCAGUGGUGAGACUACCAAGCCAGAUGUUGAAGUUGUCAGUGUUGAAAGUUUAACAAAUGUGACAGAAGCCACUAAAAGCCCAAGUGAUACUGACAGCAAAGAAAGUACUCAAGCAGUGCUUGUCUGUGCUAAAGAUCCUCCAGACAAAGGAACAACAAAAUUCAAUGAGGAAGAUGACCCUCAUUUCUUGCUCAAUAAAGACAGCUCAGAAAAAGGUCACCAGGCACAUGACAUUAAUGGAGACAUUAAAGAAGAUGAAAACCUGUCAGCUGGUCGGGGGUCACAGGAAACCUGUGCGGAGAAAACCAAACAUCCGUGUAACGGGAAACAAAUGCCCAAUGUUGUAGACAGUUCCUCUACAAGGGAACUCUGCUGUGUGGAACUUGAAAUAAAAGCUAAAGAGGGUGAAACUAAAGAAGCCAAUGAAAAUUUGCUAGAGAAGCCUAAAACAAAUCAAGUCAAUGAAGUGGAUAGUGAACCUGUUUGUGAACAGUCACAUGAAAUAUCAGAAAGUUGUACAAAUAGCCAAAGUAAAAAGACACAAGUAAAGUUGGAUGUGGCUAGUAAAGAAAAAAUGGAUGUGGCUAGUAUCCCUGUGGACCAUCUGGUACGUACCAGUAAAGACUUGACAAACAUAACUGGUUGUAAGAAUGAAUCACCACCUGAACCUUAUGACACAAGCACAAAAGAAGAAAAUGGUGAAGGGAGUCAACUCACUUCUCACAAGGGAGCUGAUGAAAAGUCUGUAGAUAAUGGGCUCAGUGUUGAGUGUGAAGAAGCAAGUAAGUUGCAAGGUGAAGAUCCAAAGGUAGCCCUAGAGGUACCAGACACCAGGGUGCUGUCAGUGGAUGAACCUUUGGCAAAGCCAACAGCACAACCAGAAGAGGAAAAAUAUCAAACUACAGAGUCACACCCAGAAGGAAAACUGGCUGGGACCAUUUGCAGUAAUGAAGAAAUAGAUAAUGUUUGUUCUGAUGAAAAGAUGAAUAAUGCAGCAGUUUCAGGUGAAAGGAAAAUAAGUGAGAACGCUGAACAUUCUCCUGGCCAUGAAUCUCAGCGCAAGUUGAAACGGUCUGCUCCAGAGCCAGGUAGUGAUGAGUCUGUUCAGUCUGAGCCUAAUGGCAAACGAGCCAAGCAAGCAACUAAGAAUCAGAAAACACGAGGUGGACGGAAUGCAGCGGCUAAGAGAAGAGCUAAGCAGCUGGUUAACAAAGACUCUGACAGUGAUGACAGUGAAACUCCUCUCAGCCAAGUGAGAAGCAGGGUCAGAAACCUAAAAGGCAAGUCUAGUAAGACAGAGCAAGAAUCUAAAUCUGGAGCAGAGAAUGAUGAAGAUGUGUCAGAUCCUGCCAAUGGGAAGCGUGCUAAGAAAAAGAAACCAGGUUCAAGCAGUGAAGCUCUGUCUGACGAUGAGGUUACCCCAGCAAAAAAAGGCAGGAAGCUAACGCAAGCAUCAGCCAAGGCCAAACCAGGGAAAACUAAAGGUAAAGCAGGUAACAAGACACCUGCGGCCCCAGGGGAGGAUGACAACUCCGGCAUCAGACGCAGCCUGAGAGUGAGACAGCUCAAGGCCAAAAGACCCCCCACACCAAGCUCGCCUAGUGAGGAGUCUGAGGCAGAAACAGAAGAUGAGGAUCCAGAUAGACAUUUUCUUGAUGUUUCCUUUACCCCAGAGGAGGAGUCUGGUGAUGAAGAGUUCAAACCAAAGGGCAGGAACUUUCAACGUCAGGCAGCUAGAAGUUGUAAAGAAAAUGAUGAAGAUUUUGUCAAUGAUGACACACCUUGUGUGAAGUGUGGGAAGUACAAUCAUCCUGAAAUGAUCCUGCUGUGUGACAAGUGUGAUGCUGGCUACCACACAGCCUGCUUGAGACCACCUCUAAUGUUGAUUCCUGAUGGGGACUGGUUUUGUCCACCUUGUGAACAUUCAAUGCUGGUUUCUAAACUGCUUGAGUGCUUGCAAGCCUUAGAUAAUGCCAAGAAGAAAAAGGAUCGUCUCAAUAAAAGACAAGAGAGACUUGCCUUUGUUGGAAUUAAUAUAAGCAAUAUUUUGCAAAGUGAUCGUAAAGAUGGUCGAUCUGAGAGGUUGAGUAAAACAGAAGAUGAGCUCUCUGCUGUAAAAAAGAAAAAGAUGGCUGAAGUUGAGUCAGGUAGCUCCACAUCAGAAGAAGAGGAACCAAAAGUAGUUUACAAGUCAGAAAGGCUGGCACUCCGUCAAGCCCAGAAUAGAUCAAAACGUGAGAAACACAAACUUCGUAGGGCCAAACUGAGAGAAAGUCCUGAGAUGGAAGUUUUGUCCAAAAGAACAUGUCGCUUGCGUAAUGCAGUAAGCUACCAGUUUAAAGAAUUUGAUGAACUCAUUAGCAGUGCAAUAGCAGAUGACAAACCUUGUCGAAGGGAGAAGCCUCCAGGUAUCACGCUCCACUUUGUUUCAGGUAUCAGCCGUGGUAAAGACAUGUCCAACAUACUGGGAGCAUCUGAUGAGGAGGAUGAGAAGAUCAGACAGAGGGAUGGAGAAUCUGGACAUCCACCGCCUGUGCUGAAGAAAAGGUCCAAGAGGAAACUGACCAAACUGGACAGUGACGAGGAGCAGGAGGAAGAGGAUGAGAGCGACGAGUUUAAAAUUUCUGAGGAUGAAGAUUCAGAAGCAACAGAAGUGGAGGAGGAAGGUGAAGUAGAGUCAACAGAUUCAGGUGACUGGAAGCCGCAGAAGACCUGGUACAACAGUAGAGCAUCAACUCAUAGACCCAGCAGGGCUGCCAAAAAUUUUGUUGUUGAUGAUGACGAGUAUGAGAGUGAUGAGAACGCCACCAAAAGACGCUCCACCCGGAACUCUAACCGCGGUCACAUUGUGUACAAUGACUGGGAGUCCAAUGAAGACCAGACUGACGAGGAGGAAUCAAACUUCUCAGACUGCAGCUCCAAUCAGUCCAUCUUCAAGCCUAAAAGAAAAAGUGCAAGUAAUAAAAAGGCUACAGCUCCAUCCAAGAAAAAAAGCAAGCCAAAGAAUGGUGAUCACUCAGAUAGCUCCAUUGCCAGGAAAAGAAAACUUCUAAGGAAACUGGUAAAGAAAAGGAGGAGGGACAUGAGUGAGAGUUUGGACUCGGAGGAUGAAGGCAACAGUGAGAAGAAGAAACACGACUCUGAUGGAAGUGAGUUUGUUCCUGAUGAUGAGGGCUCUGAUGAGUCUCCUAAAUUUAAAAAGAAAAAUGUACUUCGAUCCUCUGAUGAAGAAGAGGAGGAGGAUACAAAAACUGAAAACACUGACAGUAAGAGUCAACCAGCUCUACAGAGCACAGAGCAGGCUGAGGUACACCAACCACAGGUGACCAAAGUUGUGCAGGAAACAGUGUUGGCUAAAGUUGGGCCAGAACCAAUAGUGAGCACUGCUAAAGCCAUGCAGGAGGGAAUGUUGACCACAGCAAAGAUUGUACUUACCCCCAUAGAUAAACACUUUGAAGCCAUGAAGGCCUCAAUGAUAGAAAAAGCUGAGAAAGUUGUCCAAGCCAAAGGUAAAAAAGCUGCUCCAAAAAAUCCAAAAACUCCCAAAGGCAAAAAGAGGGGUAAAAAAGGCUGUCCUGACGAGAGCUUGUCUGCUUCAGCACCUGGCACAGGUGUUGAUGUGGCACUAGCACCUGGCACAGGUGUUGAUGUGGCACUAGCAUCUGGCACAGGUGAAAAUGUGGUACAGAAACCAGUAGCAGAAUCUGCUGACAUAAGUCCUGAGAAAAUUCCUGAAGCUCUCCCUAAAGGAAUGGCUGAGAAAAGAAAAAAAGUGCCCAACUUUUUAGAUGUCCCAUCAGGAGGUGAGGAGAGUGAUGACCAGAGGCUGGAUAGAAGAACUGGAGCUGAUGUCCAGGAUUCCAAGAGUGAGUUGCCUGCUUACACUGGUCAGCACCAGGCCCCGGCCAACUAUAAGACCAUGCCUUACCCUCCUGGUCAGCUGGCUCAACAAAUGAACUAUCCAUUCCCGCAUCCCAUGCAUGGCAUGCCACCAUUCUCCCAGUCCAGCAUGGGCUCCCCACCUGGGCCCAUGAGCACCAUGUCAGAUGGCUCUCAUGUUGGCCCUGCUGCCCCACACUACACAUCAGCUGUAAGACCUGGCCAGCAAAUGCUCAACAACUUACGGCCAGUUCACCCUGGUUACCCUGGACAUUACGGUCUGGGGCCCAACCAGCACAGGUUUCAACAUGGGGGCAACCAAGGAUAUCCCACUAUGGAAAUGGGCCAAGGUCAUCCUAAUAUGAAUCAAGCUCAUCAAAAGUUGGCAGAGCCUGUACCCAACAAUGGUAACCUCCCCCCUCCAGGGGCUCAUGGUCAUGUGCAGAAACACAUGGGAAUGAGGCCUCCAUUUCAUAUGGGUCAACAGCAUAACGAGAUGAACAACUUUAACCCAGGCUAUGGAGCCAACAGAAUGCCUGGCAUGCAGCAUCACUACUAUGAUCCUCAAGGCCCAGCUUCUCAAGGCCCACCUCAAGGAAUGGCCAUGCAUUAUCCAGGCCAUUACCAGAGCUCCCCACUUAACAGUAUGGGCCAGAUGACAAAAAAUUUGGGCCAGGCGCCACCCUUACAGUCCCCGCCUCAUGCACCAAGUGAGAGUGCUAGAGAAAAAGCCAGCAUGGUCUCUCCGCCAGCUCCAGAAACUCUUGUCAAACAGGAAAAAUUCUGUGAAAACCUCCCUGACACUCCCGCCAUACUGCCAGGGAAAGACUCAAAAAAGAAAGGGUCAUCUGCUAAGAAGUCCAAAACUAAAGGGCCACAAGCCAACAUGUCACCACCUACAGCUGUUGGUUCCAACAAGCCAAGCAAACUCCCCAGUGAAGAACAAAGCAAGCCUCCAGAUCCAGGUGACAAGCUGAGUAAAGAUCCUGCUGGCUUGGGUCCCUAUAGACCACCCAAAGACAUGUACAACCCUCCUCCAAACAUGCCCCUCUACCAGAUGCCUUACAUGCAGGGCCAGCAGCCCAAUAUGCACCACCCACAAAUGGCCCACACACAGGCUCCGUUCAUGUCCCAGAACUCUCACAUGCCAUCCCAGUGUUUGCCCCCUGCCCUGAACCAAGAUGCUGCACACAGUGAAAAGAAGGCCAGUGCUACAGAAGGUGCUGACAUGUCCAAAAUGGCAGGUGACUUGAGAAAAGGUGGUCAAUAUCCAAAUUCACAGGUGAGCCAGGGUCUCCCACCUGGUGAGCAAGGUCACCCAGUGCAGGCUAGUCAUGACCCUUAUUCUCAGAGAGGCCCACUCCACCUGCAUGGACCAAACCAGCCAGGAGCUUACUACCCUGAGCACUAUUACCAGGCGUACGGGGCUCCAGCACACCACAUGUGGCCACAAAGAAUGCCCCAUUGUGGACCCAGCUUGCCAAAUGUCUAUGGACACAACUCUGAGCCCAAACAGGAACCAAGAAUGGUGCCAGAUGCCAAAGCGUUGCCCACAGAAGCAGGAAAGGUGGUCCAUCCCGCCAUGUCUGAGCAGGAGGCUGGUAAAGCUUGUAAGUCUGAGAGUCAAGGCUCAGCCAAGCAGACAGCAGGCCCCAAGAAGGAAACACUAAUGCAGGACAUUAAAAAAGAACACACAGAAAGCAAACACCAUGAGAGUGUGGAGCCCACUGCAGAGUGUUCCGCUGCACGGCCCCCUGGGGCACCAGCCACCACAUCGCAACCGUGUGUCCAGCAACCUCCUGCAGCCAAAUACGCUACUGCUGACUCAGCAUUACAGUCUGGUGUUGUCACUACCCAGCCCCAAGCCCACCCUGGAGUUAACAUGGGUCAAGCUUGGGCAGAUGUGGCUCAUCAUUAUCCACAUCCACAAAGCAUGAAUCAUUGGCCCUCAAUGACUGAUCCCAACCAGUAUAAUAUGAUGUAUGCCCAUUCUAAUAUGGUUACUAAUCCACAUUAUCAAAAUCAGCCAGGAAGAGGCAUGACUCAUAAUCCCAUGGACGAGAGAGUCAGGCAUUCAGGGCCAUAUCCAUCCCCUCAGUACCCUGGAUAUGAGUCUAGCUACCCAGGGAACAUGGCUAACCCUAGACUGGGAGGCUACCCCACAGAGAUGAGCUCUUCCUUUAAAGCACAUGAAAUGAAAGACCCUGCUCAGUUUACCAAACCAAGUCCAGCCAGCAACCCAGGCGAGCAGUUCUCCGAGUCAGCAUCCAAACCUAAACGACCAAAGACAAUAAAGAAAUGUGCUAAAGAUAAUGUUUUAGUUGCCAGAGGGAGAGGCAGUAAGGGUAGGGGAAGAGGUCGAGGUGGUUUCAUGAUUGACAAUUUGCUAGAGGCUAGAGGUGAAGAAGACGGAGAGGACAGUGGUGAGAUGAAGGACAUUGUAAGCUAUGUGGCCACUGAUGACUACUUCAAGCAACAGACAAGUUCAUAACAUCAAGUCAUCUGCACACAUCCUUGGAGAAACACAUUCAAUUUGAAGGCAUAAUUGUGUCAUCUAGACACACACUGCUGACUUCAUACACAUUACUUUUUAUCUAUCUCAUUAAAUUAGUCAAGUAACCAUUUAUUCUGUUCUUGUACAUUUCUGAGCCUGACAUUGUCAGUAUAAUAAAGUAAUAUAUUCAUUGUAAAUAAUGUAAAUAGCUGCUGAGAUAUUUGUAGAAAUAUAGUAUUUUUGUCAUUUUCUUCAUUCUUGUAAAUGUAGUAACCUAACAAAUUUUCCUUAAUUUGUAACAAAUUACUAUCAAAACUAUUUUAUUUAUUAAUAUUAACUUGAUGUCUGCUGAAGUGCCAGCUGUUUGAUCUCUCUUUCCUGCAAAAAGCUGUAGGCAAGAUUCUGGAGAAAAUGUGAGCCUACCCUGCUGACUAUUGUCUGGCUCUCAGACAAGUUGCUCUUGUAGGUUUAGGUUGUGUUGACAUGGUCACAUGGUUGUUCUAAUAUACAUGUAUAGAGUUAAUUUUACCAAUGUCCAUGUGGGACAGCAUUUUUAUUUUACACAACUCAUAUCCAGAUGUUAUUGCUUGUAUUUACUGUCUUAAAAUAAAAUCUAACAUUCAAAUAUUCUUUUCUCAUGAAGUUUGUGAGAGAACUGCAUUUAUCCACUUGGAUGUGAAGUUUUGUUCCAAUUGUUCAAACUCCCAAUCACAAAUGGUGUUACAAAUACAUCUUAGUGUUGUCAUUGUUUUCUAGUUUUGUAAGUAGCAUUUUCAUCUAAAUUGUAAAUAAACUUCAUCGUACUUUAAAA